GGGAAAUGGUCAUUGAGGGACCCUCAUAUGAAGCUGCAGGGGUCUUUGAAUUGACAAGCGUGUGCACCUUCUGCACAUUCUACUCUGAGACAGGAGCUCCUUCAAGCCCUACAGAAUGCCUGGAAGCAUCGGACCCGUGUCUGUUGUGUGGGUGGUGUUGGUCUAUCUGUUGUUCUGCAGCAGACUGCUCGGUGUGGGCGCAGCACCCAUCUGUACCAACGCCCAAGCUGGGUGCCAUGCCCUCUCCUUGGCCAACUUAUUUGACCGGGUCAUCCAACACUCAGCCAGAAUGCACGGCAUUUCUAAUGACCUUCAUUCAGAAUUUUACUUUCUGCCCAGUAAGAAUCAAAUUGGCCGGGUCAGUCGCAACUGUCACACCUCCAACAUCUUCACUCCAAAUGGCAAAGAAAAUGCUCAGAGAAUGGCGAGAGAGGAGCUGACGGAGGUGAUUCUGAAGCUCCUGGUGGCAUGGCGGGAUCCUCUGUGGCAUUUCCAACAAAGCAUUGCUCACCACCAUGACUUCAACAAUUUCAGCACCAAUAAAGCUCUUGAGAUGAGUGACAUGGUGCAUGAGUUACGUAAAGGUGUAGAGAAAGUGGCUGAGAAGAUGCAGAUGAUGGGGAUAAUAAGUAACUCUGUCAGCAGCCUGGCUUCUCCCGAGGCUUUGUUGCCAUCUGACAGUGCUGAGUGGCGCCUGAUGAAAGACUAUGAUCUCCUCUACUGCUUUCGUCGAGAUUCCAACAAGGUCCAGAACUACCUGAAGAUCCUCAAGUGUCGAAUUGUUCCAGAGCAUGGAUGCUAAAGGCCAAAAACAAUGGAAGCUGUAUCUAACAUCUGGAAAUAUCAGAAUAUUGCAAAGGAAAUGCUACAGUCAGAAACUACAUGGAUAAAGCUGCAGUUUUUGUUAUGUUUUCUAUCUGCAGGUUAUAAGAUGUUAAUGGGAUGAUUACUGAUACACAGGUAUGUUUCCUCCUUCACUGACGCAAAGUGCCACUGGAUCCCAAAGACCCAUUCUCCAUUUCAUGUCUGAUAUUAUCGUGGGCAAACAUGAGUUGACUAUGGACAGGAUGGAAUAAGUGUGAUACAUGUUAUUAUAGACACCUGUAUAACACAUAUCAUAUUCAAGUAUAGUAAUGCCAUAUAAACAUCUCAAGAAACAUGGAUGCAAUGGUUUUUGUCAUUUCUACAGAAGAGAUACUUGGUGGAAAGGUAAUAAUCUGUGCAAACACUGUUGCUGCAAGAAGAUGCAGUUUUCAAACUGAAGUCACCAUGAGAGAAUCUUGACUGAUAAAAUAAUAAGUUUACACACACACACACACACACACAUACAUAUAUAUAUAUACACACAUAUAUAUA